AUAGGAGUCACCUUGCGGCUGGGACUGGGAGGGCUAUAAGCUCAACUCCCAAAUUUAGUUAUAAACUAAAAAUUACAUGUAAAUUUGAUGAUGAAUAUGUUUCAUAGAACGUGUUAUGAGACAAUCUAAGUACCACAUCAGAAAUACAAGAGAAUGAACCCUUGUAUAUAAGUGUCCACAAAGCUCAUUAGUACUAGGUCUUUUGGGGAGGACAUCCAAGAGUAAAACCGUACGGGCUUGACCCAAAGCGAACAAUAUCGUACUAAUGAGCAACCCGAUUAUGAUAGAACGGUUACUUGUUUAUAAAGCUUUGAUCCCCUCAUCUCAACUAUUGUAUUUCAAAAUUUUAUGGGUUAAAUUUUAUCACCCUCUUCAAUCUUCACUCGUAUUUAUGACUCCAUCACUGUUUUCAACCAGCGAACAGUAGAAAGAUCCCAAUGAUAGAAAUCACGAGAAGCAUCUUAUGCAAUAAUGAGCUAAACUGUUAAUUUAUUAUGUAAAUGUAUUUGGCUCAUCAUUUUAUUAAAUAUAUAUAAGAUGAUGGAGAAUGAAGAAUCAAGAGGGGAGCUGAGUUGCUAAAAAGGAUAAGCAACAUAGAGACGAAAUCAUUUCUAAGUUGAUAUGGACGUGUAAUCGAAUCAUGUAAUGACUUUUAAUAAGGAUCCAAUUGCUCUUUGUCUCUGUAUUAAACAUAGUCAGAAUCUCUUUUGAGUUUUUGUUUGAUUAAUUAUUUAUUACCACCAACUUGUCACAAAAAUUGCAAUAACUUUGUGAUGCUAUUGGUAGAUCAACCAUCUAACCGUAUCUAUACCAAAGUAGUGAUUGAACUUUCUCUCAUCCAAUCACUUCUAAGUUUAUAAUUAGAGAAGCUUUAACUCUAUAUUCUUAGUCUUAUUCAGUAAGUCGAUCAUAUCGUAUGAAUGAAUAUUUUAUUUACUCUAAUUAGAAAAGCUUCAUCUUGUGGAUACUCUCUUUUGAAUGAAUAUUUUGUUUACUCUGUAUAUUAUCGAGAGCACAAUUUUCUGUUGGUGAUCAACUGUUGGAGGUUAAAACCGACGUCUUCACUUGGUGGCUCUAACAAGUUGAAGCAACUCAAGUUGGUAUCUAUUCGUGGUUGUUGUGCUCCAACUUCUCAAGAAGAUGAGUUUGUUUUUGUAGGUGUGCAUUUAAGAAAUGGUUCACACAUUCAGUCAUCCUAAUCGUUUAUGUAUGGCGUUGUCAAUAUCUUCGAAAAACCCAUGAUAAUGAGCAUGCAUAUCGUGUUUUAGAGCACUGUUGAUAAUCACCAAAAAAAUUUUUAUCAUAAUAUUAAGUUGUGGUAACUGACCAUACCAAGCCUAAACAUACCACUUGCCUAUCAUACAUAUAGCCCUUAGCAAUUUUUCGAGUCUUUCAUAAUCACAAUUAAGAGAUAGAAUCAAACAAAUUAAUUAUUCAAAAGGAAAGAAAAAAAAAACCAAAGGUACGGUUCCUUUUCAAUAUUAGCACUUGGCGUCUAUUAAGAAAAAAAAUUAGCACUUGCCGUGCAGGCUAAUCCAACCCUUUCCAAUAAAUUCACAUCACUCCUUACUCAUACACACACUGAGCACAGAGUUAUACACUAAAUAUCUCCCCAACUCUCAUCAUCAGCUUAAUUACUUAGUUCAACUAAUUAAGCUUGAUUAAUAAUAUCUAAUUAAUAUCAUGGCCGAUGUGAAACCACCGGCGGCAGAGCCAGAAACCAAGGCGGCGGCAGCCACGGAAGAAGCCCCGCCGGCGCCACCUCCGGUCGAGGCCAGCAAGUUGACGGAGGAAGAGGCGGCAGCUCCUCCUCCGACUGCUUCGGCGGGUGUGGGGGUGCUGUUUGUUUCUUUUAAGGCUGACGUGGCACUGAGGGCGGUGCUUUUGGCCGCCACGGUGACGGCGGUGGUGGUCAUGGCCACCGCCGAGCAGACGGAGAUGGGCCGUAAAGCAAAAUUCGAUCACUCCCCUGCCUUCAUAUACUUCAUUUCAGCACUGUGUGUAGCAGCCACAUACACCAUCGUCACCCUCCUAGCAUCCGUGGGAGUGAUCCUCAAACCACAAUACGAAAACAAGUUCCUGCUCCACUUCAUCUUCCUCGACGUGCUGGCGCUAGGACUAGUUUCCACGGCCACCGCGGCGGCCGGCGGCGUGGCCUACGUCGGCCUGAAGGGCAACAAGCACGCCGGGUGGAUGAAGGUGUGCAGCGUCUACGACAAGUACUGCAAGCACUUGGGAAGCUCCAUUGCCAUCUCCCUCUUCGCCUCUGUUCUGCUCGUCCUCCUGGUUUUCCUCUCUGUUUUGUCACUCCACCGCAAGAUCCCGCCGCCUGCAACGACGGCUGCGUAGCUGAGAUCGAAGCCGGUGGUGUGUGUGUUCUGUUGCUUAUGUUGUUGUUUCUCAAAUUGGGUGACUCAUUUGGAGAAUGUUGGCAUUUGUGUAUAUAUGUGUGCUUGGAGUUGUAAUGUACACUCUCUUCCUCUCUCGCAUUUCUUCUUUAAUAUGCACAUCAAAUUGGAGUGAAAAAAGAUUGGUCCUACUCGAAUCCUAUGGUCAGGAUUAAUGUUGUUUGUAUACGGUUGUGAAUAACGAUAUCUGAAUGUU